AAAAAGGCGGGAAGCCGUGAUAAUGUCGCGGUGAACGUGCCAUUGUGCGCAUCACGUUGUAUCGCCAGGAGACGAACGGCAUAAAUAUUUUACUCGGAAUUGUAACGCGAAAGUAAUUUUCACGAGGAAUUUAGUUGUCGCGUUAUCAUCAAUAACGAGGCCUUCAAGAAGAGGCGUAUACACUUGACGAUACUUUUGCCGUGAUGUGUGUACGUGGAGUACCGCGUUCUUAGCAUCCGUUUUUUUUAUCGGAAUAUUUCCAUUGCUUCUCGAGAGGUUUCGUGAAGGAAGAGCGAUGGCAUCGCGUGCCUGACGGAACAAGAGCCGGCGUCGAGUAAAGCAGAGAUCGCAGAUAGUAUCGAAACAUGAAGGACAUCAAGCAAUACUUUGCCAACGGCAGGAGUAUCGUCGGCAAGGAGGUCGACUCUGAUCCUGACAACAUCGCGGAACAGGAAGGGACUAUCGCGACGGGUAAACGCAAACGUGUGAAGAUCCGGAUAUCACGCGACGACUCCGCGAGCAGGAUGUGCGACAUAAUUGAGAGCAAGAGCGACUUGAUCGACAAAACGCCCAGCCCAUUCAACGGCGUGAUAAACAACGAUCAGAAGACCCAGCAGGAUGGAACACCAAAGUCGAGCUUAACCGAGUCAGGUGUAAAGCAGCGUCUCAAAAAGGAUUUAAAGCCCACUGUGGAAAUCAAUGGAAAUCAAUGUGAAGAAACAAGGAAUAACUCGCUAGAACAAGAAUCAAAUGAACAGAUAAUCGCGGAUUUGGACAAUUCUCCCAACAAUGGUGUUAGUAAUUUUAACGACGAGACUGAGUCAAGCAUAGGAAUUCCCAAUGAAAUUGGUUCUCAACGGGAAGAAUCAAACGCCUUUCAGGUUCUAAUGAGCCAUAGUAAACCGAUACAGUAUAAAUUAUCACAGCAAUCCAUAGAAGAUAUUGAAAGUGAAGAGAAAUCAGAUUGUACAAAAGAAUUGAAAGCAAAAUGUAAAGAGAAGUUAAUAGCUUUGGCCGAUAAAAAGGGAUAUUCAAAAAGAAAAAUGAUGGAAAUAGAAGAGGGUGAGAGAAUAGAAAAAAAUAUUGACAAUCGUAUAAGAUUCCUUAAAGGUGAAAACAAAGGCAACGUUAUACAUAAAAAGGAUAACAGCUUUGAAUUGUCGAUAAAAACUAACAAACAGUCUGGAAACUUGCUAGAUUAUUUUAGCAAAUCACCCUUGGCAUUGACAAAUAAGGAUGAAAAGUGUAUGUCUACAUUCGUUGUAAAAGCAGAUGUACAUAGGACUGAUAAUUCUGACGUUGAACCCGUGAUGAAGCCAAUAUCAAACAAGAGAUAUACUAACAAGAAAUUUCCAAAGUCAAAGUUGGAUCUUUCUACAGUAGAUGAUAUUCACAUUAUAGCGUCUGAGAAUUUGUUGUCUCAGACCGUCAAAGGACAGGAUAAGCAAAAACGAGAAAAACCCCGUUGGUCCUUACGAAUAAAGUUACAUUCUUCUGAAGAUAAUUCUUUAAAUGAUACCGAUGACGAAUUGUUUUCAGCGAUAAGUAAAUCAAAGUUCAGUAACUCGAGUAAAUCCGGAAAUUAUGUAAAUACAGAACAUAAUGAAGUCUGUGUGAAGAAUUAUGAUCGACAUCUUACGACAAAAGAACGUAACAAGGAGAAAAAAGAAUCAAUUGUAAAAGACAGUAACAUUUCGAAUAUUGUCAAAGAUGCUUCUACGAAUGUUUUUAAUGGAGAUACUUAUUUGAAAAAAUCAUGCAAAACUAACAGAAAAGAGCAGAAGGUUGAUGACACAAGUGAAACGAUCAUUAUAGGAACUGAUGAUUCCGAGUGCGCGUUCAUCAGUGAACACAUUCUGAAAAGAAAACCGAAUGAAAAGCUGGCGCCUUUAUUCAUUAAACGACGAAAAACAGAUCCAGUUGCCACGGCAGCUAGACGUUUGUUUCUGCAAUCGGAUAUAGUUGACGUAGAGAAUAAAAAUACAGACUAUAAAGCGAACACUGGCGCGUUUGCGUUACCAUUUCCUGCUAUCAGUCAUGUUACACAAUUGGAAGAUGAAUCGGACUUGACUAGAUGCGAAAUCGAACAUAAAUUUCCGAUGAAAAUCGAGAAAAAAUAUUUGCCUUCGAUAGAUAUUGGUAAUUACAAAUAUAUUACUAAUUGUAGGGAAUUGUCAGGGACGACUAAAACGGUUAACGAACCCAUGAAGGAAAAUGUGGAACGGGUGUUGUCGGAAAUCGAGGGGCUUUAUCCAGAUGUGCGGAAAAUGUGGAAGACUAUAUCGUCAAUUAAAGGCAAUUCGGAAAAGAAAUCGCCACCUCGGAUGAGAGGUAGAAAGACCCGAGCGCUUGAGCGAAAAAGAAUGUUAACAGAGAGCGUCGGAAAUGAGGAAAAUCAGUCGUAUAAUUGCACGUGGACGUAUAAAUAUAAACCGAUGAGCGCGCAAGAGAUAGUCGGGAAUGAAGAGGCCGCGAAUAAGCUGAAGGAUUGGCUGAGUGGCUGGAGAUCAUCCUUAACGAAGGAGAGUGACGGCAGCAGCGGCGAUGAGUUUUAUUCCUCGGAUUGCAGUUCCUCGUGUAACAAUGAAAAUAAUCAGAUUGCUGUAUUGUUAGGACCUCAUGGCAGCGGAAAAACCGCAAGCGUGUAUGCGAUAGCGGAAGAACUUGAUUACAGCGUGAUCGAGGUGAACGCAUCUUCCAGACGGACUGGAAAGAGAAUCUUAAAAGAAUUGGAGGAAGCCACAAAGUCGCAUAGAAUUAAAAAAAGUAAACAUAAAUCUCCGUUCGAACGAAUCACGAAAGAGGACGAGACCUCAAAAAUAUCACAAAAUUCUCUAAUUCUAUUAGAAGAUAUUGAUCUUAUCUUUGAGGAAGAUGAAGGAUUCGUUUCUGCCGCGUAUCAAUUAGCAUCGAACACCAAACGACCAAUUGUUAUGACAUGUAGAAACGCGUGUCCUCAUUUGAACAAAAUGGCACCGCAACAAAACAAAAUUUACUUUCAUACAGUGAAUGGUAACAGGGCGUCUGUCUUGCUAGAAUUAAUUUCGUUGGCGGAAACGGGUUAUAGGAUUCCGCAUAAUUGCCUAAUGAAAUUACUACAAGCGGGCGAUCUAAGACAGGCACUGCUCCAGUUGCAAUAUCUAUUAUUAUCAGGUCCGCCGAUAUUAUCGGAACAAUCUACGACCAUGAAGCCGCUGGUUUGGCAGGACAUGCAACGUUAUUUGUACAAGCCUGCGAUUAAACUAAACAAGAAGCACAAGACAAAGAAAAAUUCAAGUACAAAAAGUUCCAAUAAUAUACAUAUAUUGAACAAUUUAGCGGAGGAUUUGGACAGUUUAUCUCUAAUGUCGUGUUUAGUCGAUGCCGAAGACACGACAUUAGACAUGUCCAAGGUCAUGACAUCAGAGGAGAACGUGCAACCUAAUUUAUCCUUGGCUGAAAACGUGUCUUUUUAUUCUGUUUUGCAUGAUUUGAAUGCAGACAUGGCAAAUUUUAUAAACAGUCAAAUACUGUAUAAAGACUUCGAGGCGAACGAAUACGUGCAAAAUCGAGGGAAUAUUAUUCUGAGGAAGCAAUUGAAUCGUGGAGUGGAUCUAGCGUUAUCGCACGUCACAUCUGCGUGUUUAGAUCGACGAAUCAUGGCGUUAGAUUAUCUUCCCACUGCGCGAGUGAUAUGUCGCGCAGAGGAAUCCCGCUCGACCGCAAAUUACAAACGAGGCAAUCGAUUUUUUCAUUAUCUGCACAGCCUAAAAGUGCCGACUGCAUCUAUGAAACCAAAUAUUUUAGCCGCCGCAUGUAGAAUGUUGCAAGAAAAAGAGAAUAAAACUGCAUCCACGCCUAGUGAAUGUCACUAUUGAUAACUAAGUGCUUAAGAGAAACAUAUAUAUUUUUAUACAUAAAGUAAUGAUUUUAUCGAAUUUUGACAUCGCGAUCAAUUGUAAUGAAAUACGAUAUUUUAAUGUUUUGAUGCGUUAUUUUUGUGUAUAUAAUAAUUUAACGAACACUGUUGCUUGUAUAUAAAAUAU